AUGGCCAUCACAUCGCUAUUUUCGGGGGCAAUAAUACUCGUUGCUCUAUACAUCAUCAACGAGCUGGUUUUGAAACGCGGUGCGAAGAGUUUGCCCUUACCUCCAGGCCCCAGAGGCCUACCUUUGAUCGGAAAUAUAAAAGAUCUACCGCCUCCUGGUGAGAAGGAGUAUCUUCACUGGCUUAAGCUCAAAGAUGCGUACGGACCUAUCAGCUCGCUUACUGUCUUGGGACAGACUCUAGUCUUCAUCCACGACAAGGACAUGGCAAUCGAACUCAUGGAGAAGCGAGCAGCGAUUCAUUCUGGAAGACCUAUCAUGCCCUUUGGUAAUAUGUGUGGUUGGGAAGGAGGUAUGGGUGCCCAGCAGAACAACGCUUCCUUCAGAGCGCAACGAAAGCACUUUUUUCAGCAAAUCGGGACGAAGAACGCAGUUUCCAAGUACUGGCCUCUGCAAGAAAUUGUUGUAGCACGUUUUCUCUGGCGUGCCAGCAAAGAUAAUGGUCGGGGCCUGGAGCAGCAUAUAAAGACAGAGGCAGCAGAGUUGAUUUUAAAAGCGACUUACGGAUACACCACCGAACAGAACUGCGCAGAUCCUCUCGUAGAUCUGGUCGAUGAAGUGAUGGACCAAUUUUCGCAAGCCUUCGUACCAGGCAAGUGGGCAGUGGACAGCAUUCCAGCUCUAAGACAUGUACCAAGUUGGUUCCCGGGCACUAGUUGGCAACAGACUGCGAAGUUGUGGAAUAAGACAGCGACCGAUGUACUCAACGUUCCCUUUGAGUACGUCAAACUUUUGCAGGGCAACAACCACUCGUUUGUCUCCAAAGCGCUCGCCCAGCGCGAGGAAGAAGAGGGUGGUUCAGAUCCUACAGAUAUCUCCAUGAUCAAGUGGGCGGCUUUCUCGCUCUACACCGGAGGUUCCGACACAACGGUAUCCACGAUGCAAUCCUUUUUCCUCGCCAUGGCCAUGCACCCCACCGUUCAAGCUAAAGCACAGGCCGAGCUCGAUGCUCUACUCGGUCCAACUCCAACCCGUCUCCCCACAUUUACCGACCGGGCACAGCUCCCCUACAUUUCCUUGAUAGUCGAAGAAGCACAGCGCUGGCAUCCAGUAGCUCCCAUGGGCCUGCCACACGCCACCGCCAAGGAGGACACUAUCGCGGGAUACCGUAUCCCAAAGGGCUCGGUAUUGUUACCGGCAAUGUGGUGGUACACGCGCGAUGAAGCUGUGUAUCACGAUCCAGAGACGUUCAAACCCGAAAGGUUCGAGGCACCUUACAACGAGCCGUAUGCUACGAAUGUGACUUUUGGGUUUGGUAGGAGGAGAUGUCCAGGUCAUCUGUUUGCGGAUGCGAGUUUGUUUCUGAUUAUAGUGCAGGCGCUUGCUGUGUUUAGGAUCCAGCCUGGUUUGGAUGAAGAGGGAAAGGAGGUCAAGCUUACGCACGGGUUCCAGGAGGGCGUCAUCGGAAGACCCACACCAUUCGAUGUUAAGCUCCUACCGAGGAGCGAGGUGCAUGAAAGGCUGAUCGAGGGUACUGUAGAGAAGCAUGGAUGGGAAGAAAGUGGAGCGGAGUCUAUCCGAAAGCUGAUGGCUGAACGUCCCUGA